AUGGCUGACAAGGAACUCACUGUAUUUGUGGUGGAGGCAGGCUCUCAUUUAUCUCCAAAUGCGUACAAUUACAUGUUUGACUGCUUAGCAGGAAAACUCUUAAAGGGCCUUAAGACCGAUUACGUUUCGGUGGUGGUGUUCAACUCACUGGUGACAAACCACGCUCUUGAAGAUUCUGGCAAAUUCAGAGGCCUCAAUGUGUUGGUGGAUUUUGAGACACCAUCUUAUGACCAAUUGAAAUCAAUAAAGAAUGCCUUGUCCGACGAGGAGGGCCAAGACCUGGAUGCUUGUGACGCGUUCCAGUCACUUAUCUUCUCGGUGAGUCUCUUCGAAAAGACAAAGAAAAAGAUAUUCACGAGGAACAUCGUGCUCAUCACGGCACGCGACUCGCCUCUUUCAUCGUAUAAGCCAGAGCUUGCAGGUGCCGUUUCGGGCUUGAUCAAGGACUUAAAUGUCAAUUUGGUGGUGAUCGGUGACAACUUCGGCUCUGUUUCCGAUACUGAGCAGAAAUGGUUCCAUAUCGCCAGCCAAUUCGCAUCAAAUCAUAUUUUCAACACUGAGGAGGCGUCAAGAGUGGCCCAGUUGUGUCCGCCUGUCCGGAAGACUCGUCCUAUGCCUAUCUAUAGGGGAGAGCUACGUCUUGGUGCAGACAUCACCAAAGUUCUUCGUGACUCCUCCUACAUUGCUGAACAGGACAUGCUGUGUCUGACAUUCCGUGUAGAGGUCUAUCCUGCUGCCAAAGCGGAGAUCCUGUCUCAGAAUGGACACGAGUAUUUGGUGGAUGGGAAUAACGCUGUGCGGGUUGAAAGGAAAACCAAUCAUUUCAUUUGGAAGAGGAACUUUCAAGGCGAGCGGGAUAAACAUUUAGAGUCCGACGAGAUCGAUGAGAAAAAAUUCGACAAGGUCGACGUCGAUGGCCAUACGUUCACCCCUGGUUUCAAGUUCUCCAACUUCGACUUAAUUGCGUUGGACGAAGAUCUCAUGGGAGCUGCCAAAUUGGAGCUUUCGUCGGAAUUCGAUAUCUUGGGAUUCGUAGAUGUUGAUGAUAUUCCUCAUGCAUAUCUCACUGAUGAGUCUUUCUUUGUUGUGCCAGAGAAAGCCUCGUCGCUGAGGAACCUACUUAACCAUGCAGCGUUUGCCCAAUCCUUGUAUGAGAAGAACUUGGCUCCAUUGGCGAGAUUCGUCAGGAAGCAGGCUAAAGAGGUUGAGGUGGGGCCCAUGUUUCCCGUCAAGGUGAAGAACGGCGAUUCAUUCUGCUUCUGCUAUAUUUUCAUUCGAUUCCCAUUUAAAGAAGACGAGAAGAUUGGAAAAUUUCCCAGCUUGACCAGGAAUCCCCCAGCGAAAGCUGAAUAUGAAUCUACGGAGGUUCCAGAUGCGGCUUCUAUUGAUAGAUUAAUGGAAGAUUUUAUCGAAUCAAAAACAUAUUGGGAAGCUGAUGAAGAUGACACUAAAGACAUAUCUGUUAUUGACAAUUGCAAGGUUGUUCUCAAGGGAAGUGACUCUUCCAAGCUUUCGUUACCUUCCAAGGCAAGUGGAAGCAAUAAAUUUCUCUGCUCGUCACCAUCAGCCAAUAAAUUUGCGGUGUACUUGCGGAAGUUACUCAUCAAAUCACUUCUGGUUGACGAUUAUGAUAAGUUCGUGAAUGAUCCAGAAUUCAUCCAACAUAACAUCCGCGAGGGAGACGACUCGUUCACCAAUCUUUUCAAUCUUGAGAAUAUCGCUACCGUUAACUCGAGCUCUAACCCCGAUUGGCUAUCGAAAAUAGCACAAGCUUCGACUUCAUCAGGCAAACGCUUGUAUAAGCAGCUUGGACUGGAAUAUGUGCGGAAGGCCGACUUGAAGAAACAAAAAACAAAAAAAGACGCCACUAUUUUGCAAUCAAAAGGUAACUACGGUGCAGACGAAGGCGAGUACGAUGCCGUGCCAGAUUUCGAUUUUUGA